UGCUCUAAAGAAAUGUUAUGAAUAUAUAAGAUACUUAUGCAAAUAUUAAAGAUGAGCUCGUCAAGAGUAAGAAUAACAAAUUGAUUAAUACCUCGCGAAAGCAAAAUUAUUACUUUCUUGCAAAAUUAUAACUUUCUUGCAAAAUGCACAAAAUAUUUAUUCCUUGAACCAGUUCUUUGAAAAGUAUGACACAAGACAAUAAAGUAUAACAAAAGAGAUUCUUAAAUAUAAACAAUCAGCAAUUUUUUGAUGUAACAAGAAGCUUUAAAUUAGGAGCAUGAUAGAAGAUAAUGUCAGUGAAGGAAUGAAUUUUGAAGGUAUAGUGACAAGAAAACCAAGUAUUAAGAAAGAGUAAAUUAUGAUUAAUAUAAUUGAGCUGAUUCAAUUGUUAGUGAUCACAUCUGUGUUACAAGAGAUUGUUGCAGGAGAUUUAUCAAAAAUUGAUGAUGUCCAAACUUGUAUGGAAUUUUGCUCUACUUCUGGUAAUGUAGGAAAUUUCAAGGACGGAUAUUGUGUGUGUGAAAAUUUGGAUAAUAUAGAUACAGAAAAUGUAGUUCGCGAGGACAGGCAAGUAGAGUAUGUUGAUCCUAUUUCAUAUUCUAAUGAUCUUACUAAUGAAGACCGAAUAAUGCGCUGUGCAUUAAGAUCAAGGAAACACAUGAGACAUCAUGAUGCUGAUCGUGUAGUCACAUACUUUGUCAAUGAUGGACCAGCAAAUGGUCAUACUUAUUUUGUUCAAGCAGCUAAUCAAAAUAUAGAGACAGAAAGAGAAUGUAGAAAUAACAACUUUCCAUUAACAAAUUCCUAUCGUAAUGCUGACGAACCUAACGAUCAACUGCCCAAUGAACAAUCAUCGAUGACAGAAAAUUAUUCAAAACGAAGCUACAGUGAUGCUAUUAUUGGUGCUCCAUAUAAUCCAUACAAUCCUGUAUAUUUCUUACCACAUAAAGUGUCUAUUGCAUCUGUUGCACCUGUUGUAAUGAAUCCAUAUGUUACGAGUGCUACAUACGGUUCUGUAAUAGGGCCAAGAAAUAAUAUGUUAAGUCAUCCAACUGAUACUGUGCGAGAUAAUUUAGUGGGUGCAAAGUUGCUACCAAAAAUUCGGUCACGUUCAAAUUUACUAAGACGUGUCUCCAAUGCAUUGGUAGGAAUAGUUAAAGAGCCUGAAAACGAAAGUGUAUUAGGUACUUUUCUCAAUAACAUUAUUAAACAAGAUCCUACUGCAUACUCUCCUGAAUAUAAUAAUAACAAAAACGUUAUUGACAAAAAUAAUGUUGGAAACGAAAUUAAACAAGACAAUUCUAUUGUCGGUUUUACUAAUGAAACUGGAGAAACUCCUACAGCAAAUUCUGAAAUUACUUCACAAGGAAACAUUCAAAUAUCAUCUGAAACAAAAAGACCUACAAAUUCAAUGCCAUCCAUUCAAAGAACGAAUAUAUCUCCUAGAAACUUCCAAAGCAUUCCAUACAACCAACAUCUUAUGUCAAUAUAUCCUUCAGAACAAUAUCCCAUUCAUAAUCCUUUUAAUACCAUGCCUACAGCUUAUAUUCUUCAACCUGUAAACAUAAUAUCACAAGGAAUAGAUUCUACACCACAAUCAGAAAUAAUUAGCUCAUCACAAUCACGUGAAUCUUUAGAUUGUGAAAAUAACAGUUUUUUAAGUACUAGUGAACCCACCAAUGCUUUCCAAACAUCUACAGAUACUUCUAAUUAUUAAGAUAAUAGUAUGAAUUUUAAUGAUACAACUACUAAAGAUUCCAUAGGAGAUAUAAGUUAAGAUGCAAGCGAUUUUUAAUAUCAUAGAAUAAAAUUCCAAUAAGAUUUUAUAAAAAGUAAGAAUAAAACUAAAUAAGAAAUUUAAAAAAGAAAUCAUGUAAAUAAUGUAAAUGAUUUUUUUUUAUGCUAUAAAAAUAUAAUAA